AUGAACGAUCACAACUUGCUGGUGGCGAAAAUUGUGGUUAUUGUGGUGCUGCUGGUGGUCACAUUAAUUUUUUGCUUUCUGCCCUAUGUGCUCAACCGUUGGUUCAAAUGGACGCAGCGGGCGAAGAGCAAUGCACGCGAGUUUCUGGCUGUCCUUUGCCUAUUGAAUUUCGGUGGCGGUGUCCUUAUUGCCACAACAUUUAUACACAUCCUGCCGGCUGUUGUUAGUGUUGUGGCUGCCCUGCAAAAGUGUGAGAUGUUGGCUAACACGCCGUUCGCCCUGCCCGAGAUGCUGAUGUGCACGGGUUUCUUUCUGAUGUACGCCAUCGAGGAGCUCAUGUACUUUAUUGUGGGCAGGCGACAGAAGCGUAAACAGAAGGCCAUGCAAGAGGCGCUGCAAGUGGCCAUGGAACAAGUAGCCGAGCCGGAGGAAAAGGUCGAGCUGGAGUUGGGCGAACAAGUCGAACCGGAGCAGCCGAAUUGGCUGCGUGGCCUGGGCAUCAUUGUGGCCCUCUCGCUGCACGAACUCUUUGGCGGCAUGGCCAUUGGCCUGGAGGAGACUGUGGAUACGGUCUGGUUUAUGUGCGCUGCCAUUGCAGUCCACAAACUCGUCUUAGCCUUUUGCAUUGGCAUGGAGAUUAUGAUGGCCCACACACGUUGGCUAAUUGCUGUCAUUUAUCUAAUUGUCUUCUCCAUCGUCACGCCCAUUGGCGUGGGCAUUGGCAUUGCGAUCACAGAGAAUACCAGCGCGAAUCAUCCGAGCAUUCCGGCGGGCAUCCUACAAGGCAUCGCCUGCGGCACCCUGCUCUAUGUCGUCUACUUUGAAAUUGUGGCCAAGAAUCACGCGGGCUGGCGCAUAUUUCUCUGCUCUCUUGGCGGCUUUCUGCUCAUGUUUGGCUUGCAAAUUGGAGUUGUUGAAGCUGCUGGCAAAUCUGCAUAUGUUUGCCCCUCGAAUAAGAGCUAA